AAAAAUGGGCAGCACAUAACCUAAAAAAUUGUGAAAAUGAAUUUAGUGAAAAACUUGCUAAAAAUCGUGGUAAAUGUACCCCAAAAGUCUCAAAUUCACUCAACUGCUGCCCUAGCUGCUAAUUCAUUCAACUAUGGCCCUAGAAAAUGGGAGGCAUACAAUAAAACCAUCUUUCCUCCCGAAGAAGGAAUCAGUCGUCCUGCGUAUGUAUGCCACGUGAAGAAAAACAUACGGUACAGCCCGAAAAAAAUGUGGUAUGUUGCAUGCCUGGUCCGUGGGAUGUCUGUCGAUGAGGCUGUGAAACAGCUCAGCUUUGUGCUGAAAAAAGGCGCCAAGGAUGUCAAAAAUGCCAUUUUGGAGGCUCAAAAAUUAGCCGUGGAGCAGCACAAUGUUGAAUUUAAGAGCAAUCUCUGGGUGGCAGAGAGUUUUGUGGGAAAAGCCAAAUAUUUUAAGGGAAUCCGGAGGCAUGCCCGGAAACGAAUUGGGGAAGUUGAAUACAAGCAUUGUCACUAUUUUGUGCGCCUCGAGGAAGGGCCCCCACCGGCAAACUACUACCCGGCUGAUUUGACUCCUGAACAGCAACUGGAUAAGUGGAUGGAUCAAAUGAGAAAGAGGAGAGUCACGGGAUCUCUGUAAAAUUGCUAACCGGAGAAUGUUCUAUGAAGGAUUUCCUCCAAAAGAGCAUUUUGAUUCUUUUUUUUAAAGAUCCUUAUCUAUUCAGUAAAGACUUUAGUUUAAUAAUUA